UGUGUAAUUUUACGUCUUAUUGUUAAUUGUUUGCAUUUAUAUGGCAUAUUUAUACAGUGUGAUUAUAUUUAAAGACCCGUAUAUCUAAAUGCUUCAUUAUGUUGAUCAAAUUGGAAUAGGAUUAGAAGAAAAUCAGAUAUGAUAGCACACUCUGGCUAACGCAUUUUCUUCAGUUUUUGGCGGCUUGCUGGGGGUUUCGUAAGGUACAGCAAAAAGGCAUUCUUAAUGGCCAGAAGAAUGGCCACGGCGCAGUCAACACUGAUGUUCGCAGUGUGCAUCUUAAUGAUAACAGAACUCAUAUUGGCCAGAAAGGACUACUACGACAUUCUCGGGGUCCCAAAAGAUGCUUCUGAACGUCAGAUUAAAAAAGCUUUUCACAAACUCGCCAUGAAAUAUCACCCAGACAAGAACAAGAGCCCUGAUGCGGAAACAAAAUUUCAAAAGAUUGCAGAAGCGUAUGAAACUCUAUCAGAUGAGAAGAGAAGACGAGAAUACGACCAAUUACAACACAAUCCAUUUACUAAUGAAGGCAUGAAUGGAGGAGGUGGUGGAAAGCGUUAUAAUUCCUUUGAUUUCAACUUCGAUGACAUGUUCAAAGACUUUGACUUUGACAGCCAAAACAGGCACUCUCGUCCAAAACGGCAUUUCGACGAGCACUUCAGGGCUCACCAGCAAUCACACAACCGCCACAAGAGACACUUCCAGGGUAAUUUUGGCACCGGAGUCUUCGAAGACAUGUUUGAAGAUAUGGAGAAGAUGUUUACAUUUGACAGACACAUUAAAAGGACUGAAAGCAGAUUUCAGGGCACAGCCAAACAGCACUGCAGAACAGUGACCCAGCGGAGAGGGAACAUGGUGACUACUUACACUGACUGCACCUCAUCUUGAGUGGACCACAGCUCUGAAGAUCAUGCUACUUUUUAUUUUUUGUUUUUAAAGGAAUAUUUCAGGUUCAGUACAAGUUGAGCUCAGUCGACAGCAUUUGUGCCAUAAUGUUGAUUACCACAAAAAAUAAUUUCACCUCGUCCCUCCUUUUCUUUAAAAAAUGCAAAUCUGGGUUACAGUGAGGCACUUACAGUGAAAGUGUAUGGGGCCAAUCCGUAAACAUUAAAAUACUCACUGUUUCAAAUGUUUAACCACAAGACAUAAACAAUAUGCAUGUUAACAUGAUUUUAGUGUGGUAAAAUCACUUACUAACCUUUUCUGUGUAAAUUUAUAGCCAAUUUUACUACUUUGUUCUCAUGACGAUGUAAUGUCAAUAAACGACUGUAAAAAUUAUUUAAAGAACUUUACAGCUCAAAUAAUUCUCAAGUUUUAACAGAAGAAUUAAUGUAAGUGCUUUUAUAAAAUAAUAAGAUUCACAUUUCUGCCUUUAAACCCUCCAAAAAUUGGCCCCCAUUCACUUCCAUUGUAAGUACCUCACUGUAACCUUGAUUUUUGCUUUUUUUAAAGAAAAGGAAAGACUAGUCUAAAUAACUUUUUGUGGUAAUCAACAUUAUGUCACAAAUCCUGUCAAUUGAGCUUAACUUGUACUGAACCCGGAAUAUUCCUUUAAUUUGCUGCUGUGAUGCGUGGGGUUUGAUUUUAUCUGUGAGUGAUCUAUUAUUUAUGACGAGGAAGCAUUUGGAGUUUUCUGUUUGUUUGUUUGACUGACAUUUAUAAUUGACACUAUUUUAGAUUGCAUAUGACCUCUUAAUUGCCUCAAAACAAACUCUAAAUUCAGGCUUUUUUGAGUUUGUUUUCAUCCCAAAAGAUGCAAAAUAUUACAGCUGGCAACUUAAAUUUAAAGAUUAGUCAUUUACUUGUUAAUUACAUCCCAUAUUCAAUAAUCUAAAACCUAAAAGAGGGAGUUGUGACCCCCUUAAAUUAGUUGGCAUAUAUGUUUAAAUUGCACUUUCUUGCCCGUAUAAACUGUUAUAUGCACAGAAAUGAACUAAAUUCACUUUAAUCACUAGUUAGUACACUAGUUAUACAGCCUGUUAUUAAAGAAAUAUUCCGGGUUCAAUACAAGUUAAAGUCAAUUGACAGCAUUUGUGGCAUAAUAUUGAUUACCAAAGAAUAAUAAUAAUAAUAAUUUAGACUUGUCUCUCGUUUUCUUUAAAAAAGCAAAAAUUUGGGUUCCAGUGAGGCACUUACAAUGGAAGUCAAUGGGGCCAAUCUGUAAAUGUUAAAAUACUCACUGUUUCGAAAGUAAAACCACAAGACGUAAACAAUAUGCAUGUUAACAUGAUUUCAGUGUGACAAAAUCACUUACUAACCUUUUCUGUGUAAAGUUAUAGCCAAUUGUACAACUUCGUUGCCAUGACGAUUUAAUGUCAUAAUACCCUAAAACGACAGUAAAAAUUAUGAUUUAAACAAACAAACAGUUCAAAUAAUACAUGAGUUUUAACAGAAUUAAUGUAAGUGCUUUUAUAAAAUUAGAAGCUUCACAUUUCUGCCUUUAAACCCUCCAAUAAUUGGCCCCAUUUACUUCCAUUGUAAGUGCCUCACUGUAACCUCGACUUUUAAUUUUUUUAAAGAAAAGCAGGGAUGAGUCGAAAUUAUUUUUUGUGGUAAUCAACAUUAUGCCAUAAAUUCUGUCUAUUGAGCAUAACUUGUAUUGAACCCGGAAUAUUACUUUUUAAAAAAAAACGUUUGUAAUGUGUGUAAUUCCUGAAUAGUGAUAAAUAGCAUCAAACAGACCACCUAGCUCUUCCAUUACCUAUCUACUUAUGUGGGUGCUAAAUGUUCACAAUAUGAAUCUUUGAGAUUCAAAUCUUCAUGAACAUCUGCUCUUUUAUUUUUAUGUGAAACAAAACGAAUGUUUGCUGCAUUGCUGUGAAUAAUAUAGUUUGCUGUAUUGAAACUGUUUUUUCAAACUCACACAUGUUAGAUAGAGAGGUGCCUUUCCCACUCAUUGUGGUAGAUUCAGUUUUAAUGUAAACAGAUUGGAGCACUUUUAUGACCUCAUGUGUAUUAUAGUUUGCAUGACUGAGAGAAAUAGGGUUUAAGUUUGGUCAAGAACAACGGUUGUCCAGUUGGGUUUGUAAAGAACUUUUGUUUGAAGGAAGAAAAACAAGUCUGACAUUUUUCUUUGAGUUAUAUUUUAAACAAACUCUCGAAUGUUCAUGAGCUUUCAUCAUUCUGGUUGACUUGUUUUAUUAAUGGCAGUGUUACCCCUCAAAUAAUAACAGACACCAGGGGAAUGUACCAACUUAGCAUUUGCCUGAAAAUGUACAGACUUGUAAACACAGUUGAUUCUUGACAUACAUGGACCAUUCAAAUGAUUUAUUUGUAAAUAAUAUGCAUAACCCAGCUGUGUUCCUGUAUGACAUCACCUGUGACCUCAUAUAUUGUGUUGAAUAAUCUUGUGUGCAAUAUUUCAAGGCAGCUCUUAUGUUGGUCUAACUGUUACCCGCUGACAUAGUUGUUAUGAGUUGAGUCUUAACCAACUCAUCAGGCACUUUCUUUAUUUUAAUCCUAUGGAUGAAAAGUAAAUCUGAAAUAGCCUAUUUGAACCCACAUGUAUAAUGUAAUGUACUUGGAUUAACAAUAAAUCAUGUUAAAAAAUA